UUGUAUUCGCGGAGAUGGGGUAGGCCCUCGACGCGGGUACAUACAGAGGGGGGAUCGUAGCCAGAGAUGAGGGAUGGUCGUAGCCAGAUAUGAGUGAGUCGUAGCCAGAUGAAUGAAGGUCGUAUCCAGAGACCGCAUGGACACAACGCCGCAAGGGGCAGAAAGACACGCCCGAAGUCCCCCGAAAGCCUUCCGUCGCCCAAUCGUCGGUCCCCUUGGGGUCUUCUCCCGGGCUCUGCGUCUUCCCCUUGAGGUCUUCUCCCGAGCUCUGCGUCUUCCCCUUGAGAGAGAAGGAAGUCGUCGGCCUAUCGCAAAAGUCGUCAGCCUAUCGCGGCCAUCCCCUCCCUUCCUGACGCCCUAUCGCGGGCGUUCGACCGCUUUACAAGAGCUGCGCAGCAACCGAGUGAGCUUCGCAGUCAAAGGACGUGUCUUCGCGACGCCCACGCACGGACAUGGAAGUCUUCUUUACCAUGCAAGGAUUUGGAAGUCUUCCGCACCAUGCGCGCGCACCGAGGAAGCCUUCGUGUUGUUUUUGGGUGAGAAGCGAUGCUUAUUGCUGGUAAAGUUCGCAGAUUAUAGGUGGUUCGCAGAUGGUAGGCGCGUCGCGUAGUCCGAGCAAGAGUCAGAGCGAGAGCCUGAGCGAGAGCGUGUAUUUACGAGGCAGCUUGCCGACGGGACAGUUGCAACUCCAGUUAGGCAGGUAGGCAACGAGCGGCGGCGGCGUCGACGUGCGCGGCGGGCGUAUCUGAUGGCAGGAGGCGCUCUCGAACGUAUCUGAUAGCGGGAGGCGCCCUU